AGGAGAAUGCUUUUUCUUUUCCUACUGGUUGGAAUUGGCCAAUCACCAGCUUGUUCUGGAUCGUUGCGUUGUUGAUCACCGAGAGCGCCUCUUUCUUCGCUUUGUCACUUCAGGGGCGCGGGUUGGGGGUCGCGGCCUUUCUACGCCCUGGACGUCUGCCUAGCAACAAUGACGACACGAGAAUGCUUUUUUUCCUACUGGUUGGGAUUGGCCAAUCACCAGCCUGUUCUGGAUAGUUGCGUGGUUGAUCGCCUCGUUCUUCGGGGCGCAGGUUGGGGAUCGCGGCCAGGAUGGCUCUGCGCUCUGCGCCCCUCUUGCUCCUGGUGCUGGUGGCGGUCGCCCUCCGGGAGGGCUACUUUGGCACCUCCUCGCACUCCCUGAUGUUUUUCUCCACCGUCAUCUCGGAGCCCAGUCAGGGGCUGCCCCAAUUUGUCUCUGUGGGGUCUGUGGACGGUCAGGUCUUUGCUUACUAUGACAGCAACACCCGAAGGGUGCAGCCUCGAGUCUCCUGGAUAGAGAAGGUGGGGAAGGAGGACCCCCAAUACUGGGACAGGAACACCCAGAGAGUACGUUACAGUGAGGUGGCCUUCAGAGAUAUCCUGGAGACUGUGAGGAGACUCUACAAUCAGAGCGAAGGCCUUCACACAUGGCAGAGGAUGGACGGAUGUGAGCUCCGGGGAAACAAGAGCAAAGGAGGUUUUGAACAGCAUGGCUACGAUGGGAGGACCUUCCUCACCUUCGACAAGGAGACCCUCACCUGGGUGGCUCCCGUCCCCCAGGCCCGGAUCACCCAGAGGAAAUGGGACGCUCUUCCAGGAUAUAAUCAGAGAACGAAGUUCUUCCUGGAGGAAUUCUGCAUUGAGUGGCUGGAGAAGUACCUGUCCUACGGGAAGGAGACGCUGCUGAGGACAGAGCCCCCAGUGGUGACCAUGAGCAGCAGGACAGAGGUGGUGGAUGGGAUGGAGACGCACGUCUGCCGCCUGUAUGGCUUCUACCCCAGGGAGAUCGAUGCCUUCUGGACGAGGGAUGGGGAGGUCUGGCUGCCGGACACCCUCCGUGGGUCCGUGGCCCCCAACGCGGAUGGGACCUUCCACACCAUGCUCAGCAUCCAGAUCGAUCCGAAAGAGAGGGGCCGCUAUCGCUGCCACGUGGAGCACGACGGCCUGCAGGAGCCUCUGGCCCUGGCCCUGGAGGAACCAAAAUCCAACCUGGGGCUCAUCAUCGGCUAUGUUGUGGUUGGCCUUGUCCUGAUGAUGUGUGCGAUUGUUGGGAUCUUGGUAUUUCUUAGUAAGUAUCCUUUUCUGGGUGAUGGAAGGAAGAUGGGGAGGUUCCUCCCAAGUCUCUCUCUUUGGGGAGCUUCUUCAGGGCUUCCUCCUGUCCUGCUUUCCCAGCCCUCUUGGGGAGCCUCUGAGAUCUCGGCCUCUUGCUGGGACUCCAGUCUUGACUCGGCUGAGUCUGAGGGUGGGACAAUCCUGCCUUCUUCUGCGUUGGGAAGAGGCAUCCCAGUUCCGUCCCUUUCAAAGACUUCGGUGGAAGAGCAGCAGAGAAGGAUUUCCAUGAGAAUCUUCCUCCCCUCCCAGCUGCUGCUGCUUCCCCCCUUUCCCUCCCUCCAUCUUGGAGGCAGCAGGUCUCUCUUGGGGCAAAUCAGGAGAUACAUUUGCAUUUUGAAGAUCUUUCUGUCUUUAUUAAUGAGGCAAAGUGACUGCAAAAUAUCUCCUGGGGUUCUUCCUUCCAGAGAGGGAGAGAUUGGAUGGUCUCUGGUGGAUUCUUUCCAGCUUUCACUGAUUUUUGUCCUUGCAGAAAGACGUCAAGAUGACGGCACCGCAACAUCAGAGGAGAAGGGAAAAUCUCCCUGUUGGAUCCAGGCAGGGAAGGCAACCCAGAGUCUGCAUGGUGGAGCCUGGCCCCCUUUGGAGGAGAGAGAGCCCUGAAUUCCUUGGUGUGAAAUACGCAAACCACUGGGAGGAACCAGGCCAUUUAGCAGCCCCCUGGCAGCCGGAGUAGACACUUCCAGCAUGAGGAGAGAGGAGAGAAGACGGGAAUCAAGACUUCUUCUGAAUUAGGCCGGACUCUCAGGAGGCGCCCUUCAGGCCCUUCCACCAUGCUGGAACCAGGAUGUAUUUGGGGUCUUUCAUCACCGCUUUUGUCGCUACCUCAGUAUUAUAUUGUAUUUUGUUACGACUGAGGGACAGAGGAGAUAAGAAAAUCUUAUGUGUUUAGGAUUGUGGAAUCGAAAGGAUUCAAACGAGCGGGUGUAGUAGAUAUUACUUUACUUUUAUUUUAUUUUUUUAUUUUUUUAUUUUAUUAUUUUAUUUUAUAUUUUAUAUUUAUUUUAUUUUAUAUUUAUUUAUUUAUUAAUUAUUUGGAUCCUGCCGAAGGUACUGAAGAUAUCCAACACACCUGUAGUAGAUGUUAUUUUAUUUUUAUUUUUUAUUAUUUUAUUUAUUUUUAUUUUAUUUUAUAUUUAUUUAUUAAUUAUUUGGAUCCUGCCGAAGGUAUUGAAGAUAUCCAACACACCUGUAGUAGAUGUUAUUUUUAAUUAUUUUAUUUAUUUUUAUUUUAUUUUUUAUUUUUAUUUAUUUAUUUAUUAUUUGGAUCCUGCCGAAGGUAUCGAAGAUAUCCAACACACCUUCCUCCUCCUAUUUUUCCCCACAACAAUUCACCCUGUGAGGUGGGCUGGGCUGAGAGAGAGUGACUGGCCCAAGGUUCACCCAGCUGGCUUUCAUGGCUAAGCUAAGGCUGGACCUGAACUCGUAGUCGCUUUCUAGCCUGGUGCCUUAAAACCACUAGACCAGGGGUAGGCAACCUUGGCUCUUUUAUGACUCGUGGACUUCAACUCCCAGAAUUCCUGAGCCAGCCAUGCUGAGGAGAAAGGGAGAGGUUUCCAAGCUGAGCCAUGCUGGCUCAGGAAUUCUGGGAGUUGAAGUCCACGAGUCAUAAAAGAGCCAAGGUGGCCUACCCCUGCACUAGAUCAAGCUGGCUUGUAUACCUUGCAAUAGUUUUGUAACAGAGCUUGUAGCAGCUACGUUGUUAUUUCUGAUGGCCUUUAAUAGGUUUGUGCUGAUGAACAGGUUUUGGAGAAGGGUUCAUAGCGAAUGGGGAGAGGAAUAGGAUGAAGAGUUGCUGGUUUUACUUUAAGGGAGAGAGAUGUUAAUCUUCAUCAUAACUGCCUGGAUUGAAAGUGGAAGUUUUUUUUCCUUAUUUUUCUUUAUAUUAGUUGUAUAAAGAUAAUGUGUACCAUGUGUUGCCAUUUAUGUAUUUUCAUGGCUUAGAAAAACGGAGCAGGAGCCCUCCCCCAUCUUGAAAAGCUGAUUUUUGCCACCAAAGUUGGUUAUUUGAUGGCUUUGUUCCCCGUUUUUUGGAAGGGAAGACUAGGAAUGACCCAAGAUGACCUUUGGACGAUGAUGCACAGAGAAGAAAAGGGACUGGAUGUCUGCAAUUCUCAGUAAGGACUAAUCGGAAGGUCUAAUCUCUUGCCAUCCUUUCCCUUCAGCUGCUCCUCUUUCUUAAGCACACCUGGGUUUUAAUUGCAUGUUUUGAAGCUUUACAAUCUCUUGACUCGUGACUAGUUUUACUUCUGAGGUAUUUUAUAACCUGGACUUUUACAACUUUUUUUCUCCUCUUUCACUGUUUACUGUUAAAUUCAAAUUAUUAUUUUUUUAAUUGUAAGGAAGUUGCAGUCGAUUUUACAUUUACAUUUACACAGUAUUAUACUAUAAAUCUUGUUAUUUCUAGCUUUUUUCUUUUCUUUUUCUUAAGAGUCUCGAUAUUUAUCUCUUAAUUUUUGAUGGGAAGAUUCCCUUUUCUUCAACUCUGGGGGGGAACAAACCCUUUCUCUGUGGAAGCUGCUGUUUAUCUGCUUCUCUUGUCCUUGAAGAGAAAACGAAAAAUGGUUUUUCAUAUCUUUAAAAGGAGAUAAAUUAUUUUGGGAGAUAAUCGAAAAAAGAACGCUCUCCAACUUAGGGGUUUUAUUUAAAAAUAUAAACAAAAAAAUUCAACGAGCAAUUCUGCAAAGCUAAGAGGAUUUCCAAAUGCAGGAAUUGGGCCAAAUUUGAUUUGUUCUGGUUAAGAUGCCAAGAAGAACGUAUUUGGUUUGCCAGAAAAGAUUGAAAAGAAUAGGAAUAUAAGAAACUCUGAGACAACAGACAUGACCAAGGAUGGACUGGAUCUUCUUGGCAAGAGAAAUGCUGUGUUGUUGAGGACAAUUAUUCAACAACGGAUGUUGCAGAGAUACUUACAACAGAGACUUAUGAAGUUUGGAAAUGAGAUGCAGUUGUUGGUAAAGUUCCUAAUUAAAAACCUAUGGAAAGGUUUCACUAUUAAGAACCAAAUGAAGGUAUUUGACCCUGGACUCAGAGAUAACGAUCGGAGUGAUUUGCAGCAAAUAAGGAACUGUGUAAACUUUCAAUGAAUAAAUAAUAAUAAGAGACUGUUAACAGAGU